GCUUACCGCCGGCUCAUGGCGCUUGCCUUGGGUGGACGAAGUGGCGCGCCGCAAUGCUCGCGCGCUUGCGCAAUUGAACCUGUUCAGCCCCUCCCCCGGGGCCGUGGAGCAAGCGCUCCUUCUUCACACGGAGCUGCUUUGGUUUGCGGUGUGCCCUGUAGUGGCCGCUCUUGUUUUUGUCCUGUCUCAACAUCACGUCGCGG